AUGCUCGCGCCCGGCGUGGCCGCUUUGUGCCUCCUCGCCCUCUCGCCUCUCCUCGUCGCCCUCGGUGAAGAUGCGUCGCCCAGGGUCAUCUUCUCCGACACCCAGGAUCAGCCCGGGGUCAUUCCGUUGGUUCUGGAUUCGGACAACGCCAACGAGAUCACAGAUGAAUGGAGACUCAACACGGAGCCCGGAAGCUGUGACUUCUGCCUCUACAAGGGUUUUGGGAACUUCACGUCCUACAACUAUCCCAAACCGUAUCGUAACAAUCUCCACUGCACGUACAGGAUCGUCCGAGCCGAAGGAGCGUGUCAAUUGGAGCUCCUCUUCCACGACUUCGACGUGGAAUGGUCCCGAGAUUGCAGCGCUGACUCUUUUUCGGUCGGGAGCAGGAAGUACUGCGGUGAAAAGGGCGGCAGAAAAGUGCGGGUGAGUUUCCCUCCGGGUUCGAGUCAGCUCGUCCUGCCGUUCGACACCAACAGCGCGGAAACUCGGCGAGGAUUUUGGAUCGAGGCGCGACCCGUGUUCGGGGAUUGUCCUGACCCUCCUGCCGAAACGUGCGAUCAGACGCUGUAUUCUGAGACGGGACAAAUCCGAAACAGCCGUCAUUCGGUCGGUGGACUUCUCAACUCUUCGUGUCUCGUAUCAGUCAUUCGAAGACCGGGUCACUGCCAUCUCCGUCUCAGCGUGAACCAAUUCCGAUUGCCCUACGAUCCCGGCUGCUGGAUCAACUACUUGGAAAUCGAAGGGACUCGCUACUGCGGCAACGAUCCUUCCCGGAUCCCCGCUGUGGUGGACUUUCACGGCCGACCCGAGAUUCAUUUGCAGUACAGGGUCGUCACCCACGACCCAACGCAAGGCUUUGACCUCACCUAUAGCCAGGUUUACUGCACCGAGAUCGCGACGACCCCGACGUGGCGAAUCGACUGCGACGAGGAGUACAACGCAACGACGUUCGAGCUGCAGUCGCCGCUGUGGCCCUCCGUCUACCCGCCGAACGCGGAGUGCGUCUUCACCGUCUACAAGGCCGACCGGCACGUCUGCAGCCUCGAGCUGACCUUCAAGGUCUUCGACGUGGAGAUAAGCCGGGGCUGCCAGGAGGAUUACUUGGAGGUGGACAGGGAGCGGCUCUGUGGGCCUCAGCCGGCCAAGAAGGUCCUCGACUUUCCGGAGCCCCUCAAGAUAUUCCGAUUUCGAUCGGACGCCUUCGACGAAGGGCGGGGAUUUUCCAUAUCUAUCUCUCAGGAGCCAUGCCACACGACGCCCUCGCCUCCAGCCUUGCAGAGCUGCGACUACAUGAUCUACGGCCUGAACUUCACUCUCCAGUCGCCCAACUUCCCCGCCCAUUACCCGAACGGGGCGGACUGCGAGUAUUCCGUGGUGGCCACCUCGACCUGGAAGGUCUGCUACCUGGAGUUGGACUUCAUCGCCUUCGACGUGGAGUGGAGCCACGGCUGCGCCAGGGACUACUUGGCGCUCGACGACGAGAGGCUGUGCGGGUCGCACGUCCCGAAGCGCCGCUUCGAAUUCCGGGAGGGAGUCAAGAAGAUUCGAUUCCAUUCGGACGCGACGAACAACGCCAGGGGGUUCGUGGUCCAGGGUCGACAGAUCCCGUGCCACGACGACGUCUUGAUCGACAAGUCCUGCAAUCAGAGCUUCCAUUCUUCUUCCUUCCCGAUUCUUUCUCCCGGGUAUCUGAAGGAUAACUAUCCCACGGAUGUGACCUGCAUCUACAGCGUCCAUCGCCUGCCCAAAGUGUGCUAUCUCGCCUUCAACUUCCUGGAGUUCGACGUGGAGAGUGCGCCGCAAUGCCAGAACGAUUACUUGAGCAUCGACGGGACGCGGAUCUGCGGGAAGCACCGGCAGGCACUCAAGUUCCCCUUCCAGGAGGAUCUGAAACUCAUCCAUUUCCACAGUAACCAUCAACACACCAGGAAGGGAUUCCACCUGGAAGUGAACCAGAUUCCGUGCCCGACCACGACGACGCCACCCCCCGUCGCGUUCAAAUGCGAAAACGUGUAUCGAGACGCCCAAUUCACGAUCGAAAGCCCCAAUUAUCCGAAUCCCUACCCGCCGCAGGUGGACUGCGAGUACACGGUGUACCCUGCGUACGUCAACACUUGCUUCCUGGACGUUUCCUACGUCGCUUUCAACAUCGACUGGAGUCCCAACUGUCGCGGGGAUUUCCUGCUGUUCGAGAAGAGGAAGAUCUGCGGCCCGAAAUACGGCGAGGACCGGAUCCCGUUCCAAUCCAAAGUCCUAUUCCUCAAGUUCCAUUCCGACGACAACCACUCAGGAUCCGUGGGCUUCCGGCUCGAAGUCCGUCAGGUGCCUUGCCCGGUCUCAUCGACGACGACGACGACGACGCCCUUCGUGAGUACGACCCACUCGACGACGACGACGACGACGACGACGACGACGACAACGACGACACCGGCCCCGACGAAACCGAGACCAGUACCUUGGUUCAGUGGGAAGCCACCUCUGGAUUGCAACUCGUAUCACAGCAGCCAUUACACGGAAAUCCGGUCCCGGAACUACCCGAAUUCCUACGACUGCGGCUUGACUUGUCUGCACACGAUAGAAAAGGCUUACGGGCAUUGUUCUGCGGAAAUCUUCAUUCAUGACCUGGACGUGGAAGCUUCCCCAGACUGCAUUUACGAUUAUCUGCAGAUCGGAGAUCGCAGGUAUUGCGGAGAAAUCACGAAAGAGAAAAUCUACCUGGACUUUCACGGAAACACUUUCCCGAUCAAGUUUCAUUCGGAUUCCCACAGUGGCGGCCGCGGCUACCACUUGUCGGUCCGACAGAUCCCUUGCUUCCACACGGCCAGCUCCACUCCCCCGACGACCCCCGCUCCCCCUCCCCCCCCUCCCACGACCCCAGCCUCCGAGAACUGCGACCUGCUCCUCACGCACGCCUCCACCCAGAUCCGCUCACCCGGCUACCCGAACCCCUACCCGCCGAACGCGAAUUGCAUCUACACCAUCAAGGCCAUCAGUACCAAGGUCUGCUUCCUGGACGUCAUCUUCGAGUCCUUCAACAUCGAGCGGAGUCCCCACUGCGCGAGGGACUACCUGCUGGUGGGAGACACUCGCUUCUGCGGGCGGGAGAGCACGAAGCACCGCUUCACCUUCGCCGGGCCCAUGGUCUUCGCCAAGUUCCAUUCCGAUGCGGUGGGAAGCCACCAGGCCUUCUCGGUCAUAUUCCAACAGGUGGAGUGCAGCGAGGAGCCGACGACUUCGCCUCCCCUUCCGACGACCACGGCUCUCCCGCCGCCUCCGCUCUGCGACGUCUGCGUGGAUCGGAUCACGGGGGUCGUCGAGUCGUACGGGUACCCCGAAAACUAUCGGAACAACAUGAAGUGCCUCUACUCGUUCGAGCUGCGGGAUGGGUACUGCUCCCUGGAGAUGAAAUUCGAGGCGAUGGAACUGGAGCAGGACCUGCUCUGCGAGAAGGACUAUCUCCUGAUGAACAAUCGUCGGUUCUGCGGCUCCAGUCUUGCGGGUCAAACAGUACGACUGACGGCGAUGUCGACCCUGCGACCGAGCAACAUCACGUUCUCCUUCGUGUCGGACUCGACCGGCGUGAGCGGCGGGUUCCGGGCGACGUAUCGGAUGGUGGCGUGCCACCUUCUGCCCCCCAACCCUUCCCCGCCCCCGCCCCCGCUCCCGCCCCCUUCGUCCACCACGCCUCCGACCACGCAGAAGCCCCCGCCCUUUUCCUGCGAUGGGUUCUACAUGCGGCAGAACUUCGAGAUUCGAAGCCCCAGUUACCCCGGCAUGUACCCUCCGAACCUCAACUGCACGUACUACAUUGCUAAGUACAGCUUCCAGCCCAUCUCUCAUCUCUUGGUGGAAUUCCUCGACUUCAACGUCGAGUCUUCCUAUCAAUGCUCGGACGAUUACUUGCUGAUCGGGGAUUCGAGGUUCUGCGGUCCGUUCGGGGGGAUCCCGAAUCCCUUGGUCGUGCCUUUCAAGACUUUCGACACGACGUUUCGCUUCGUCACGGAUUCCUCCCAGGGAGACCGCGGCUUCCAUAUCAAAGUCACGCAGGUUUACCACGAGGAAGGAACGGCGUCGCCUCCACCCCCCGCACUGACGACGACGAUAUUCGUGAUCCCCUCGUCGACACUGAGGCCCAUGCUGACGACGAUGACGUACCCCGAAGUGACCCCGGUAGCACUAGCCAGUCCCCCCGUAAAGAGCCAGACCCGACCGCCGCCGCCGUGCAACCGCCACGCCUUCUCCGACCCCCAGUUCAUCAUCUACUCACCCAACUACCCAGCGCCUUACCCUAACGACUUCGAGUGUACCUACACGAUCCAUCACCCGCCCGGGGAGGUUAUCUGCAGUUUGGAGAUGACGCUCAUCUCGUUCAACACGGAGGUCAGCCCGAAUUGCGUGGACGACGGUCUGUUCUCGGGGGCAUUCAGCCUGUGCGGGAACUUGAGCGGGCAAACGCAUUACUUCCGGGUGAACCCGACUAAUUCGCAAACCCAGUUCACCUUCAAAUCCAAUAAAGCCGUGGAAGACUCCGGAUUCAUGAUCCACGUGAGACAGUCUCCGGUGUGCAUCGAAGACAGCGGUAUGGAGUAG